AUGAAGAUUCUCUCUGAAGCACGCGCGGUUUCGAGGACGAGCAGCUAUUUCACGCACGAAGAUAUGCUGAAAUGUUGGCGAACCAUGCUCGCGAGCGGAUUGCAUGUCUUUCUUGUCGUCGACGCGCUGGAUGAGGCUCUGGACGAGAAGGUUAUCGCUGUUCUCGAAACUCUUCGCUUGCUUCCGAGAGUCUCCAUCCUCUUCUCGAAUCGUAUUUGCGUCAGUAAAGGGGUCCUCUACGACCACUGCAUUCAGAUAGAUCAGGAACAAUCCAACACGGAUAUCUGCACUGCCCUUGACAUCGCAUUCUCCGAGGACGGACCAUUAUCAGAAAUUCCGGAGCCUGACACGAUGCGACGGGAGUUGGCGUUGAAAGCGGGGAAAAACAUGCGAUGGACCGUGCUCGUCAUCAACCAGCUUCGGAGUGUCGUACAUCUUCCACACAAAGUCUGGGCAUUAUUUCACAGACUCCCUCCUUCUUUGGAAAAGCUGUACGCGCGAUGUCUCGCCGAUGUACAUGCUGAUGAUCGCGAGGAAGUCCGUCGCUUGCUCAUAUGGAUCCUUCACUGGGAUAAACCACCGUCUUUCCGAGUAACAGUCGACUUGCUCUCGAUCCUGCUAGCCUUUGACUAUAGUGGUCGCAUGCCGGUAUACAUACCU